AUGGCCAACCCCUCAGACUCCAUGCCUCCUGGGACCUCCGACCAGGAGGUUAUGAGCCCAAGUGGUGCUCGCCCUACUUCGCCGAGAAUGACAACAACAGCUGCGGGGCCCGAGAGGGGCCAACCGGGGGUCGUAAGACCAGCUUUGGACGGUGGAGAGGCUCAUGGAGCCCAACCGGAGGCCGUAAGGCCGGAUGGUGCGCUGGAAGCUGGCGGCACUGGUGUGGCUGGAAGUGUGGAUGGAGCAAUGGUUUCUGGAGAUAGCAUGGACUCUGGGCAUGGUACAAGUGGUCAAGUGGCAAGAGUUCAGGCCUUGGCGCUGGCUUCUGGAGCGGUGGUUGCAGGUGGCAUGCAAGCUGUGGUGGCCUCAACCUCAAUGACGAGGGAGGUGGAGCCGGCCGGUGAAGCUGGGGACAUGGGCAUGCUGCGUGAUGGCCUGAAUAGUGGAGGGCAUCCACAACCUGGAGGUUUCAGCUGGAAUGCGCAAGGCAGUCCGAUGGGAAGAGAGGCACAACCGCGUGGUGUGAUGCCGACCUGGGUUUCUCGCCUGGGAGCUUUCUUCCAGGCUAUGGGGCAGUCACAGCAGGUGACACCCCCGGAGUGGAUGCCGAGUCCCUUUCCAUCGCCUAUGACGAGACCGUCGAGAUCGCAGAGGGCAUUGGAGUCACCUAUGUCGCAGGGGGAACGGGAUGAGGCAUCGAGGACGCCUUUGUUUGAUGAUGAGCAGAGGCAACAGAUGAGGGCAAUGGAGCAGCGAGCUCCACUGCUGUAUGGUGCCACCGGGGUGGGACCGAGGCCUAUGGAUGGUGGUGGCAGUUCUGGAGGAAGCGUGCGUCAGCAGCUACAAGGAUGCAAUUGGAGCGAGAACGCAUGGGAGAAGGGCAGUGGCCACAUGCAGCAAGGUCUCGUCCUGGGCAGGGAUGGGGCCAACACUUGUGGAAUGGUCUGGUGGGGGCCUUGCCGGGUCCGUCGGGCCAACUUGGGCCACGAGGCAAUCCUGGUGCGCUACAUCCAGUUCAGCAAGGAGCUUUCCCCGAAUCUCAAGGCAAUCCUGGUCCGCUACCUCCAGUUCAGCAAGGAGCUUUCCCCGAAUCUCGAGGCAAUCCUGGUCCGCUACCUGGGCAAUCCUGGUCCGCUACCUGGUCGUUUUUUGAAUGGUCAGAGUGACGCAGCAGGAGGUCGUUUUGGCUUUAUGCCACAUGGUCAGAGUGACGCAGCAGGAGGUCAAGAGCAGCCGUUGGUCUAUCCACGAGGUCCACCACAAGUUCUGGGAGGGCACCUUGGUCAAUCAGGAGGUGCUGUGCAAUCAAAACAACCACCGGCUGUGGCAUCUGCAGAGGCACUGCCGGAGUCGGGAGGAGAAAGGGGGCAGCCGUCACUUGGUCCUGGAGGUGAUCCCAUGAGCAGGCUGUUGGAAGGUUUGGAGCGGGUGAUUACGAAGUCCCAGAGAACCGAGGAUGUGCACAAGCCGGUGGGAGACAUUCCGAUGCUUCCCGCCUUGAGUGAUAGCGCGAGCGUGGACUUUGGGGACUGGCUCCACUGCCUGGAGCACGCUAUGGGAGACCUCUCAACUUCGUCGGCGGAAUGGUGGCAGGAAGUAAAGGACUGUGCCAAGGCGUACUAUGACUCCUACCAGAAGGCAGAUCACUUCAAUCGGCUCAACCUAGCACCCUUGGCUUCCCCUGUGCUGCAGGAGGCGAGGUGGCAGCGCGUUGAUCGGAGGGCGGCCACGCUCUUGUUGGCAUCGACGCCUGAGGACAUCAGGCGGGAACUUGUGGCGUCGAGAGUGAGAUCUUCGCUGGAAAUUCUGAGCCGCUUGAUGGUGCUGUAUCGCCCGGGAUCUGCGAUGGAGAAGAGUUCUUUGCUGCGCCACUUGGAGUCGCCGCCAGCGACAAGUACUGCAGCUGAGGCUGUGGAUGGUCUGCGCUUGUGGUGGAGGUACUUCCAGAGGGCAAAGGAUUUGGGGGUGGUGAUACCAGACCCGUCGGUGCUACUUCGAGGUAUCGACGUCUUGGUGAAGAAGCCACUGUUGGACCACCAUGAGGUGGCCUUUCGUAUGAACCUGGUCCGCUACCAACUGAAGGUCGACUUCGUGCCGGUGGAGGACAACGUGAAGGCGGUGCAUAAGGCUCUCCUGGCGGAGUUUGAGCAGCUGGCCUCCAGAAAACCAAAGGGGGUGCCGGGCAACAACUCGCCAUCGACCACGCCUAACAGUCCUCAGGCGAAGCCGAUGCAGCCCGAGACCCAGAAAAUGAUCAAGGCGGAUGAUGUGGCCACGGUGAUAUCGGAGGCGAGUACGAUGGCGUCGACUCCUAUGGCAACGAGAUCUACGCUAGAUGACCCCAUACCUGGCACGCCUAUGGACAUGCAACAGAUGUUGGAGAAUGCGCAGAAAAUGGUCAAGUCCUUGAUGGAGCACAGCGCCACGAUGAAGGUGAUGCGUAUCACCUCGGCUGAGAGUGAGGAGGUGCGAAGAGCUCAGGCACUGGGAACGUUGCCAGCAGUUAGCAAAAUGGGGCUGUUGGACAGUGGGGCUACUCAUGCACUACGACCAGGCACUGUGGAGGAGAAGAAGAAGGCCGCGAAGGUGGAAGUUGCGCUGGCUGGGGACACCAAGAUUGAGUUGCCUCAGUCGGACAAGGGAACGAUCUUGGGGGACAACCAAGCUCAACCAAUUGUGCCCCUUGGAACCCUUGUUAGACAGCUGGGGUAUGAGUUCGUCUGGAACGCGCGCGGAUGCAGAUUGAGACACCCCAGCCGACCUGAAGUACAAGUCUACACGCGGUCGUCGUGCCCGGAAGUCCGAGAGUGUGAUGCUUUGAGGCUCAUUGCGGAGUUGGAGGGCACCAAGGCCGACGAGGCGCUGAGGACCAUGCAGGAACUGGAGACGUCGAUCAAGGUGGCAAGGUCGCAUGAGGGAAGGAACUGGGCGGAUUUCUUGAAGGACUACGUCGUAACGGGGGAUCCCUCCGAUGGUCUGCGAGCCGUUCUGAGCGCGGAGUUCAUGUCGGACGUGCCGUUUGAGGACAAGAUCCGGAUCUUCGAGAAAAUCCCGCAGAGCAACGAGGAAGCCUGGAAGUUGAUGAAGUCGCUCCCAUUGAAUCGCGCAAGACGGAGAUCCUUGUGGGCAAGCCGCCGAUGGAUUGUGCACUUGUUCUCCGGGAAGGGGGAAUCCUCAGAUCCGAUCAAGACCUUGACUGGGUGCAGAGUUCAGGGUCCACGGGGUGAAACACGUGAGGCAUCUAUGGCAGAAGUGCUGGAGAUUGACCUUACCCAGUCCAAAUCGUGGGACAUCGGAACCAACGGCGGCAUCUUCGCGCUGCUCUUGUGGGCGGCCUCACAGGGGAAGAUACAUGCCAUUGUGGGGGGACCACCUUGCAGGACCUUUUCCCUUCUACGACAUCGCGAAUUGCAGGGGCGUAACAAUGCACCACGGCCGGUGAGGUCGGCGCAACAUCUCUGGGGUCUUCCUGGGCAACUGACAAGGGAUGAAGAGGCACUGGUGAGAGGCGACAACAACCUGAUCUUGCGCAUGGUGUGGUUGUGGUUGGUUGCAGAAACGGGCUUGGAUAUGUGCUACCCGAGAAGGGACAGGGGUCCGGCAGUGGCGUUCGGCAUGGAGCACCCUGACGAUCCGCGCGAGUUCUUGCAACCCGGGGCAGUGUCCAAUGAGGUCAUGGAGAAGUGUGCGUCGUUUUGGAGAACGAAGUUGGUCGAGCACAUGAAUAACAACGGCAUGAACAUGUACCGGUUUGAUCAGGGCGCACUUGGGCAUCCUCAGAGGAAGCCAACGGGGUUGCUCACUACCAUGGAGUUGGACGAGCUCAGUGGCUUGAAGGACACGAGACGUGAAUGGCCGGAACCUGGGAAUUCGAAGGACAUGGCUGUUUGGGCUCCGGGACUACGAGAAGCACUGGCGAAGGGGAUCAGAAGAUGGGCAUGGAGAGGCGAAAUUUCUGUGGCGAUGAACACCUUCACUCCGAAGCAGCUGGAAGAAUGGCGGCGUCACGUUGAAGCGGGGCAUUGGCCAUUUAGGAGAGAUUGCUCGGUGUGUUUGUCGGCGGCGGGAACGGGGCGACCGGCGAGAAGAGUGCUUCACAGAGACGCCUACGUCUUGAGCCUGGACAUUGGUGGCGCGUUUGCAGAAAAGGGAAUAGACGAGCGGAACGACAACGGGAGGGCCAACAAGUACAAGUUCGUUUUGGCAGCUACCUAUGUGUUCCCGAAGGCCUUUGAUGUGGUCUCCAAGGACAUGCCGAUCCCUGAUGACAUCGAUGAGUACCUGGGCCAGGAGGAGGUGGAUGAGGUCCUCAGGUUCGCGGUUCCUCUCGCCAAGCACAAGGGUGCGGACAUCCUCGCGGCAGUCCAAGACCUUUACAUCUACCUCAGGGCCAAUGGAUUUCCACUGGCCAGGAUACACUCUGACAGGGCACGUGAGUUCAGGACUAAGCAACUGCGAAGGUGGUGCCGGGAGCGGGACAUCUACCAGACUUACACUGAAGGUUUGGCCCCGACGCAGAAUGCCAUGGCGGAGAACCAGGUGAAGUGGCUGAAGGCUAGGGCGCGUGUGUUGCUCACGGCUUCCGGCUUGAACAAGAAGUACUGGCCCUGUGCAAUGAAGCAUGCGUGUGCAGCCCACAACACUCGUCAGCUUGGAAAAACAAUGACGCCGAUUCAGUUCGGGUCCCAAGUGAUGGUGAAGACAAAAAGGGAUGUGGGGCCUUUCGACCCAAGAUGGGAGGAGGCAGUGUACCUGGGUCCGGCCGAUGAUGUGCGUGAAGGGCAUGUACUUGAACUGGCGGAUGGAACCUGGCACAGAACGCUGCACAUGAGAGUGGUUCGAGAUGAUGAAGUACCCUCUGGUGGAGAUGAGUCAUGGGUGGCCGAUCGCGUAGAUCCAGGACGGCGAGUUCGUGGAAAGAGGCGAUUGGAAGAUCCAGAUGGCCCGGGAGUACGUGUGCUACAAGAAGGGCAAGAAGAUGGAGAAGAAGAGAUUGCGGAGCAAAGGGCCCACGACAAACUUGAAUAUAACAAGUACGAAGACGAGGAUGCGUUGGAGAUCGUCCGAGCACUUCGGUUGACAAGUGGUCCGAAAAGGAGGGGGACACAGGACUUUGAUUGGUGUGGGAGUUGGAGUACGGGGGCCUACGUCCACGGAGGAGUCUGGGGCGUGCAAACCAACACGACCAAGUUCCCCAAGGUCACCCGUUUCCUCACGACUUUUCUCAGAAACAAGAUGAAGGAGCCAAUGCCUUUCGGAACCAUCGUCGUGAAUGUGAACCAGGAGCUACUACCACAUCGUGACCUACACAACGAGCGAGAGUUCGCGAACUCAGUGUAUGGCAUGGGUGACUUUUCUGGAGGAGAAGUGUGGGAGCAGACGUACCUGGAAGAAACACGGUGGCACGCGACGAUGCCAUGGACAGGAACCCGAGUCACCGUGGUGGGCUACGUUCCAAGGAAGUUCAAGAAUGUGGGAUCUGAGAACUACAACCUCUUGCGGGACAUGGGUUUCAUGGUGCCUGUUGGGGCAGAUGAGGAGGAGGAAGACGAUGUUCAGGAGCCGCAGCAGAAAGUAUUGCAGGGGAACGACAUCGAGAAGGGUGGUGGUUGGAAUGAAAGUGUUCAUGUACCCGGGGGACAUGUGGAGCUGGGAGUGCACUGGACAAUGAAGUUUGUGCGUGAAGGGGAUGGAGGCGAGGGUGAAUUGAGCGCAACACCAACGUUCCCCGUCCAGGACCAUGUUCGUGAAAGAGUACAAGAACGACUUCUAUGGGCACGAGAACUGCUGGAGGAAGAAAGGGAGAUAUGGGAAAGACAAGAGAGGCAGACGGGCAUUGUGGAUGAGCAUGUGAAGACCGUCAUCGACAACUUGGAAGAGACCGUCGCCUACAUGGAGUUCUAUCUCAUGCAGGACAACCAAGCUCAUGUGGAUGAAGUUCGCUUAAAAAUGCUGCGUGUGAACAAGGUUUCGGUGGAGGAAGCGGUGACCCAGAAUGUGGAGCAGCUGCUGCAAGGACUUGAAGGGCCCUUGGAAGUGGUGCACAAUGUCAGCCUGCAGGAGGUAAGAGAGCACUUGACCGACUGGGUGCCGAGCAUGAAGAAGGAGGUCGCAACGCUGGAAACAUCCGGGACUUUGAGACCAAUACCUCUGUCGCAGGCAAAGCGGCAAUCUGAAGCGGGUGAGUUGAUCUUGGUGCCGGGCAAAACUGUGUUCACGGUGAAGCCGCCGGAGGAUGUGCAUCAGAGCAAAUACAAACGGAAAACCCGUUUCGUAAUAUGCGGGAAUUUUGUCAAGGAUGGUGACACCACCGAGCUCUACACCGCGAAUGCGAAGGCCGAGAGUGUGAGAUGUUCAUUGGCGACUGCGGCGAGCCGAAACUGGGAAGCGGCUGGAACGGACAUUAACAGCGCCUUCACCUUGACGCCGAUGACGGAGAGUGCUACGCAGUAUGCGGUGACGGCUCCAAAGAUCCUGGUGGAAGCUGGUGUGGUGCCCCCGGGAACAGCGUACAAGGUGGACCGAGUCUUGUACGGCUUGCGAGAGGCUCCUCGUCUGUGGGGAAUCUUUCGAGACAGGCGGAUUCGCAACGCACGCCUGACGGUGGAGGGACGCGACAUGAAGUUCACGCAGCUUGAAACGGACGAGUCGGUGUGGCGUUUGCAUCCGGUGGAUGAUCCACAGGAGACCAUCGCGAUGAUGGUGGUUUAUGUCGAUGACGUGUUGUUCCUCGGCAAGCGGGCCCACAUCGAGGAGAUGUACUCAUGGCUGGUGAAUGGAACUGAGGAGGAGGGCGCUGGAUGGAAAUGCAGUCCGCUGGAGUUUGUGGGAAAGGACCCUGUGCGCUACCUGGGAAUGGAGAUACGCAGCAAGAUGAAGGACGGAGGGAUCGCCUAUCACGUGUGUCAAGGGGGCUACAUUGGAGAUCUCUUGCGUGAGCAUGGUGUGGAAACAUGGACUCCGUCGUUGGUACCUGCAACCCGGGAGGCAAUGCCACAGGUCCCCGAGCCGGAGGAUGGAGCCGAGGAGACAGAGCCGGAUCCUUCGGCGGUGCAUGCUGCUCAAAAACUGGCUGGAGAACUGUUAUGGCUCAGUAUGCGGACUCGACCUGACGUGAGCUUUGCUGUGGCUCAUGUAUGCAGUGCCGCUACCCGAAGUCCUGAGGCUGCGCUGAAACUGGGGCGCAUGGUGUUGCGCUAUCUUCGUGACACCGUGGACCUCGGCUUGACCUACGAUGGCACGGGACCGACUGUGCUGGCUUAUUCGGACGCAAGCUAUGCGCCGGGAGGCGGACGCAGCUUCGGCUGCGCUGCGACGAUGUUGCAUGGAGGAUUUGUGGCUUGGAGAAUGGCACGACAACCCGUGAUUUCUCUCUCGGUGGCGGAGGCAGAGUUGUAUGAGGUCAUCAAUGCCUACCAGCAAGCCAUGAUAACAAACUUUUCGGUUAGCCAUGAGUGGAUCAAGGAGAUUCAUCCGAAGGUGGACGUCACCAUGUUGAUCGACAACCUGGCGGCACUGGGGCUCGCGUCAAGUUCCCCGGGGAGCUGGAAGACACGUCACCUUAGGAUACGGGCGCGAUUCCUGCGCCAGGAAACAGCGUCGGGGCGUCUGGAGCUGAAGCACUCCCCGGGGGAAGUGCAGGCGGCGGACAUGGGAACGAAGGCAGUUCCUGCACCACGGCUGCGUGAUCUUCGUGUUCUUUGGAAGAUGAUGACAGUUGGAGAGUUCCUGGAGGGCCCGAAGGAGGUGAUCCUGAACGGGGUCAAACUGCCGGAGUCGGAGGUUCGCUUCAACCAGAUGAGGAUCAUGAUGAUGUUGGUGGUGUGUGCCUUGGUUAAGGGCACGCAAGGGGCAGAGCUGUCCCAGGAGCCCAAGAAGGACCCUUUGCCCUACGACGCUGGAAUCGAGUUCUAUGGCUUGAUGGUGCUUUGUGGUGUGGCGAUGAUUGGAAUCUGGGAGGUGAUGAAGUGGUGCCUUGGAAGAUGCUGUGGUAGUGAUGAGGCUACAGUCCGAAGGGCCCGGAGACUUCUGCGAAUCCGAGAUCAGACAGCGAGAGCCCUUCAAGAGGAGCUGAUGGGAUUGCGGGCGGAAGAGGUGCAGUCCUCGCCUCCUGUGAGUCAGGGUUCUCCUGUGGCUAUGUCAUCGUCGUCGUCAGCUACUGCGCCAACUACACGAUUGGUGGAAAAUGUGGAGCCAGCUCGGACAACCACGGCGGUUGCCGAGGAAACACAAGUGGGCCAAGUGCCCGACCCGCCUCGUACGAGGCAGAGCCCCGAGUACGACUUCGAGCUCUUCACAGGUGUCUUCUACAAGUCUGAACAUGGAGAAAAGGUGCACUUGUUCCACUGCCGUGGAAUGAGGGAGGUCCGGUCGCGCGUAACGGAGUACAAGGUGUGUUCUCAUUGUUUGGAGCGCUACCCCUUGUACUACCGUAGACCCUUCAAUGAUGCUCUGCUACGCCGACAUGAUGGACAUUGA